UAUUUAAUUAUUUCUUGCACAGCCCGGUACCAAUUGGUCCCCGGACCGGUUGGGGACUACUGUUUUAGGGGUCUUGGAAGAAAAUGUUCCAAAAGAUGAAAGAUUUGCAAAAAAUAUUCUGAAUGUUUAACUUUUGGGCAUAACAGUGCGCAAAGUGCGUAUGAGGAAAUGUUUCCCGGAGCCUGGCCUGCAAACCGGAGGAUGCGCUGCUCAUCACCGCAGCUCCAUCGUUAAGUGUGGACAUUUAGUUUGUUUUCCAGUUUAAACGGCUGGAGCUUUUCUUUCAGAAGCUUUUCAAACCCCUCUGCAGACCUAUCUUCAAGCAGGAAAGCCUAAGAAUCUCUCCACUGCGGUGCAUACAGUUUUGUACCUGAACACAAUCACACAUUGGUUCACAGGCCACAUCUGUAGUUUCGUCUGCUUGAACAGCAACAAAUGGCGCUUCUAAAAUUUCAUCCUUGAUUGAACCUCUAUAAUGCAAUCAAGGAGCUCAUUCUGGCUGGUUUUGGAGGUGUAUUUAGCUAUGUACAUGUGUACUUGACAGGUGAUCUGCUAGCUCACUGUCUAAAAAAUAAAAUUGAUUAACUAGAUCCGGAAAAACACCCCGAUUCAGGGAGGACAAAGAUUCUUCAGACCCCCGUAGUGGUGGUGUAUAGUGUGCCCCACAAAAUUUUAUGCAAUCCACAAUCCGUGAUGAUGCGUGUUUUGUUUUUUUUGCACCAGCUUAUUGUGCCUCUGUACAGCAAUGCGGUGGCCCUCAUCCAGCUGACAGGUGAUGUUAACCCGGCCAAUUUCAAACUGUCUCCAAUGUGGCUUGUGCUGGAUUCAUGGAGGGGGGGUGGGUUCAAUUUUUUGAGACAGAUGUUUCAGAUCAACAAUUCCUUGGGUCCAAACUGUGUCUCCUCAAAGAGCAAACAUGGAAAGCAGAAAAGAGAUUUAUUAGCUACACUUGCCAUUAGCCACUCCUUUCGUUGGAACCAAGUCACCGAGAAACUACAGUUUUGCCGUUUUUCUUUUUGCUGGAUUUGAAUAUCCUCAGGUUUGUCCCCAACCUCUUCACCUGAAGUUUUUCCCUCAAAAGACAUUAAGGAAAAUGGAUUAUUAAUUAAAUAAUCCACCUCGUUUAUGCUAAUAUUGCUCCCCAUCGCACCUGCUCAGUUUACGCCAAACCACACACACUCGCACUCGAGACAAGUCCAUCCUGAUUGGAUAAAUCCUGUGGCUGUGGGCUGGCCCUGGGUUUACCAAAAUUAGCCCAAAUGAGCUGCAGACCGAGGGGGCGUGGCUAGACGCAUGUCAGUCAUUCUGAACCGUGAAUGGGGGCUGUCAGAAGUUAGCCCUUCGGAAAGACCCUGGGAUUUUCCUCAGGCGGUUUGACACCAGCUGCUGGGCAUGGCCCUAGUAGGGAUUGGACUGUGGGCAUGGAGUGAGAAGGGGGUCCUGUCCAACAUCUCUUCCAUCACCGACCUGGGGGGUCUUGACCCUGUGUGGCUCUUCAUGGUAGUUGGAGGGGUUAUGUUCAUUCUGGGCUUUGCCGGCUGCAUUGGAGCUCUUCGGGAAAAUACAUUUUUGCUUAAGUUUUUCUCCGUGUUUCUGGGAAUCAUCUUUUUCCUGGAGUUGACAACAGGAGUUCUGGCCUUUGUUUUUAAGGACUGGAUUAAGGACCAACUCAACCUGUUCAUCAACAACAACAUCCGGGCAUAUAGGGAUGACAUCGACCUACAGAACCUCAUCGAUUUCACUCAGGAAUAUUGGGAGUGCUGUGGCGCAUUCGGAGCAGACGACUGGAACCUGAACAUUUACUUUAAUUGCACUGAUGGAAAUCCCAGUCGGGAAAAAUGUGGGGUUCCCUUCUCCUGCUGCACCAAGGACCCUGCGGAGGAUGUGAUAAACACUCAGUGUGGCUAUGACAUCAGAGCAAAACCAGACUCGGAGCAGAAGGACUACAUCAAUGUGAAAGGCUGCGUUCCUCAGUUUGAGAGAUGGCUCCAGGAUAACCUCACCUUGGUGGCUGGGAUCUUCAUUGGAGUGGCACUAUUGCAGAUUUUUGGGAUUUGUUUGGCCCAGAACUUAGUGAGUGACAUCGAGGCAGUGAGGGCAAGCUGCUUCUUUACCUAAUGCUGGCGGAACUCUUCUCUAACAGCUUGAAUAUGAAACGUACCCCCGGCCACCAGUACUGUCAGCGAGCGCCGCCGGACAACACCCUGAUCAUCUCCUACACUCUACCAGCACUUUUUUUAAAGGCACUAAAUAUGUGAAAGGUUUUGUAUACAACUACUGUGUGACUACUGAACAAGGACAAGAUGAAGACUUUUCAUAGAUGCACUUAGCAGGUUCCAUCACAAUCCUACUGAAACAAACUCAGCAUUUUUCACUGGAGAAGUGUUGGCCGACAUAGAAGGCCAAGAUAAAGACUAAAAAAGCAACUGAGAAGACUGUUUAAGUACCACCAUGUGUACUGAAUAGAGGAAGAGAACAGCUAUCCUUACUGUAUCCAGAGUGUUUUUUUAUUGGUUAAGUCAAACUGGGUGGAUAUAUUUCAGGUUUGUCCUUGAACACAGAAAUGACAUCGUUUUGUUGCUCUAUUAAUGCCGCUGAUAAAAUACACUCACUUACCAAAACAAUUUAAUAAUCAAGUUAAAUCCCCCUGGGAUAUGAAUAAAAACUGACCUGAACUCAACUGAAAUUCCAGAAGGAAUGUAAUCUUGUCCACAUGCAGACCAGUGACAGAUGUGUAAAUGGCUUGAUUUGCAAGACACUUGCAUGUUUAGAACAAGGUUUGAAGAACAAGAGUGAGCAGAAGUAUUACAAGUAGUUGCUGGAAGAUCCCACAGUUAAAACGGCAAGUGAAUGUUAAGGUUUAAAACAUGGAAACAGACAGCAGCCUCACAGUUUAAUUCAGGUUGCAUUAUCUAGUCUGCAAAGGAUCACAGAGAAAUUACUCACCAUGGUGAACACAGUAAUGUAUUUUCCACCACUUUAAGAUCAUCUCUAUUCAGGACCUUUUCUAUUAUACCGAUAUCUCUCAUCAAGCCUCUAAAUCUGCAUUGUCCCAGAGGUCUGAUGGUAUCAGCCACAGCUGCCCUGAGGCUGAUACCAUGAUACCAUUGGCCCUCUGACCACCACCAGCAGGCAAGGUGUUGCCCAAGAACACAAUGAAUAAGACGGAUGGAGCAGGGGUUCAAAGUGGCCACCCACCAGUUACAGGAUGAAUCCCAUGAACUCUGCAAUUGUUUUGUAGUUUUACUCAGAUCUUCACCAUAGCAUCAGACUAUAGGUCCCAGAGCAGGCCCAGCACUAAUCCUUCUGCGGUCUUAAGAGACGGGGUCACUUAGACCCUACAGGCUUCAGCCUGUGCACAGUUCAGCAGGGUUGGACCAACUACAUGUGCAUUUUCACUAGGUUUUUUUUUUUUUUUUUGGUCAGGUUUCGGAAACUGACGGGCUGAUGCAGCCCCCCACUUUACUGCUGUCUGAUGUGACAUCUGCUGCGCUCCUCCUGAUCCUCAUGCUAAGACCGCGGAAGGGCUAAAGUGAGGAUGUUAGAUGUCAGCAUCACAAUACUGCUGUACUUAGAGAUGUUGCCAUGGAAAUGGUCACAAACCACAAUACAAUAGUGGCUGAUUUGCAGUUGUAAAUGAUCCAACCUGUUAUACAGAGGAGGAAAAUUAUCAGGAGUAUGCAGUGGUGUUGUUGCUGCUACCCAUCCUCUAUUGCCAAGCAACCACAGGCUGUGCAUCCUUUACUUGCUUAGCUGGUUUAUCAAAAGCCAUGUUGUCUUUGUGGAUUGUAAACAUUUAAACACAGAGGUGCUUCUGUACAUACCUGGUGUCUGCUAUAGGUGAUAUACAUAUCACUGGUCUGCAUGUGCACUUAAUGACAUUCCCAAACAGACCAAGGACCUCAUGUACAAAGGC